AAAACAAGUCGAUGUUUUCGAAAGUGGAAUCAGACGGUGGUUGGACUGCAGUCGGCAGUUCUGAAACAGGCGUACUCGGCCGCCCUGGAUAUUCUAACGUCACAAAGCCAGAGGCAGCCGUUAUCAAAGAGUUGAGACAAGCUAGAAAUUAUCCUGACGAGUUACACAAGCAGCUCGCUGUUUCAGUAGGGCUUUUUCCUUGUCGUAAAAGUUGUCCACGACAGUAGUGUUGGUGGUGGUGGAACAGAGGCCUACAGUGGAGGAGGCUUCAGGUGUAGAGCCCACAGCCGGCUGCCGAGGAGUGGAGGGACUCAAACGGCGUUUUAAUACACAAAACACCCAUUGAAACAUGUCUGCCCAGGCGCAGAUGCGAGCCAUGUUGGACCAACUCAUGGGGACAGGGAGAGACGGAGACUCCAUGAGACAAAGAAUCAAGUUCUCAGACGACCAGGUCUGCAAAAGUCACCUUCUGGAUUCGUGUCCUCACGACAUCCUAUCAGGCACUAGAAUGGACCUGGGCGAAUGUGUCAAAGUCCACGACCUGGCCCUCAGAGCAGACUUUGAGAUUGCCUCCAAGGAGAAGGAAUACUUUUUUGAACUUGAUGCUGCUGAACAUCUCCAGUCCUUCAUUGCCGACUGCGACCGCAGAACUGAGCUCGCUAAGAAAAGACUCGCUGAAACACAGGAUGAGAUCAGUGCUGAAGUGGCUGCAAAGGCUGAGCGUGUUCAUGAGUUGAAUGAAGAGAUUGGGAAACUGUUGGCGAAGGCUGAGCAGCUGGGAGGUGAGGGCAACGUAGACGAAGCCCAGCAAGUGUUGGAAAAGGUGGAGAAGGCCCGGGCUCUGAAGAAAGAAGCAGAGGAUGUGUACAGAAACUCAAUGCCAGCAUCCAGCUUUCAGCAGCAAAAACUACGGGUCUGUGAGGUGUGCUCAGCCUACCUGGGUUUGCACGACAAUGAUCGACGACUGGCUGACCACUUUGGGGGCAAGCUACACCUUGGCUUCAUUGAAAUUCGUGAGAAGCUGGAGAAGCUUAGAAAAGCAGUUCUAGAGAAACAAGAAAAAAUGCGACUGAGAAGACGUGAGGAACGAGAGCGUGACUUUGAAAGGGAGCGACAAUGGGAGGUUGAUCGGGAGAGGGAGCGAGAGUGGGAGAGAGAGAGAGAGCGAGAACGAGAGAGAGGGGAGAGGGAACGCAGGAGGUCCAGAUCUAGAAGUGGAGAACGUUACAGAGAUGGAGGAAGUUCCACUUCUCAUCACUCCAGGCGCCACCGCUCGUCUCAUUCCAGAGAAGAAGGUGGGGAUAGAGAGAGAGAGAGAGACAGAGAGAGAAAGCAUCGACACAAGGACAGACAUCGCUCACGAUCCCACUCCCACAGGCACAAGAGGAAGAGGUCGUCCAGAGACAGAUCAUCACACACCCAGGAUAAAGAGCGCUCAAUGUCCCAGGAGAGGUGUAGAGAAGUAGGAGGAGAGGGAUGGCGUGAAGACAGGGCUGAGUUCGAAAACUGGGAAGACAGAGGCAGGUCCACUUCCCCCGACACAGGCAGGGGAAAGGAGCAAGGACAAUCUCCGUUGUUUGAACGCAACCAACGUUCUAGUUCUGAAGAGCGUGAGUCUGGGGAGAUAUAGAGAGGACAGGAAGUCUCCUCAGUCUAAUGUUCAAAGACAGGAGCAUGUUAGUUCAGCCGUGAGAGAGAGUGUGUGUGUGUCUCUGCAUGUAUGUGUGCAGGUGUGCCGGGAUCAGCUUUGUAUGUGUUGUUGAUGAAACACAAAUGCUUUUUGGUGGUGGUUAAGCAAACAAAGCAACUUUUAUAAAAACAGAAGUUGUAAGACUUAGGUUUACUGGAAAAAAGUACUUAAGAUAUUUUUUUAGCAUCUUCUCAGUUCUAUGUACAAAUGAGAGGUGUUACAAAUCCACACUUAGUCUGUUUUUAUUUUACUCAUUUUUUAAAAUUUGUUUGAAUAUCAUCUUUUACAGUUUUUUUCCCUGUUUUGUCAGCUUUAGUUGCUGUGGAAUUGUUUCUGCAGCUUUGACUGUUGCAUCACCUUUACAGUGGUUUCUGAAAUGGGCUCUGAGUGAUUAAAGGCAUCUUCCAUGUUUGUUUUAUUCCCUGCCUUCUGACCAUCACGGUCUCACUCGGGAAGUCAGAUUGACUUUCCUGUGUGUGACUUUAGGAAUAAAGCUGUUCUUUCAGAGUAACUCAAAGUCCCAUCAACCAUAUCCUCCUAAUCUCUUGGUUUAUAACAUGUGAAGGAAAGUGUAAUAUGUACAUACAGUAGCUAUAAACCCGUGGCUUAAACCUCCAAGGUGUGUCCUGCUUGUUGUCAUGAAACCCAAUAUGUACUUUUUAUGGUACUGGUAUCAUGAAUAAAAUGUUAUAUAUUAUAUACAA